AUGUCCACCCUCCCCAGUGUGCAGGAUGUCUCCAAGGGCAUGGGCUGCUCUGACAGCUCCCAUUUUAUCACAAUUGGAGAUGCCCAUUCUGGACCCCUGGGGUGUGCCCCUGAAGACCUUCAGGGUGCUCAGUGCCCCUGCACACCCCCAGCUCUGCUCUCACCUCCAGAUGCUGAGAAGUCCCCAAGCUACUGGAAUAAAGGGGCCAGGAGGAGGCUGGAGUUGGCCCUGGCAUUGCAGCCAGAGGCACAGCGGGCCAAAAACAUCAUCCUCUUCAUGGGUGACGGCAUGGGGCUGUCCACCAUGUCGGCGGCUCGGAUCUACAAGGGGCAGCUGGCUGGUGGCUCAGGUGAGGAGAGCGUGUUGGCCAUGGAGACCUUUCCCCACAUGGCCCUGGCCAAGACCUACACCAUUGACCGUCAGGUGCCCGACAGUGCUGGCACAGGCACUGCCUACCUCUGUGGGGUGAAAGCCAAUGCCAAGACUCUGGGGUUGAGUGGGGCGGCUGUCUAUGGAAAAUGCCGCACCACCUUCGGCAACGAGGUGGACUCCAUCCUGCACCGGGCCAGGCUGGCGGGCAAGUCGGUGGGCAUCGUGACGACCACGAGGGUGCAGCAUGCAUCCCCCGGGGCAGCCUACGCCCACUCGGCCAGCCGGAGCUGGUACGCGGAUGCCAACAUGCCCAAGGAGGCACUGCGGGACGGCUGCAAGGACAUCGCCUACCAGCUGGUGCACAACACGGACAUCAAUGUGAUCCUGGGUGGAGGGAGGAUGUACAUGACUCCCAAGCGGACUCCGGACCCCGAGUACCCAGAGGACUCAGACCAGAAUGGCACCAGGAAGGAUGGCCGGGACUUGAUUGCCGAAUGGCUGAGUGCCAAGCAGGGUGCCCGCUACGUCUGGGACAAGAAGGGCCUGGAUGCGGUCAGAGAUGACUCUGUGAGCCACCUUAUGGGCCUCUUCGAGCCCAAGGACAUGAGGUACGAGCUGAACCGCAACACAUCCACAGAUCCCUCCAUCGUGGAGAUGACAGAAAAGGCCAUCCGUAUCCUGCGCAGGAACCCCAAUGGCUUCUUCCUCUUUGUGGAAGGUGGCAGGAUCGACCAUGGCCACCACAGCGGGCGGGCCAAGCAGGCGCUGAUGGAGGCCGUCAUGCUGGACCGGGCGGUGGCGCGGGCGGGAGAGCUCACCUCCCCCUUGGACACCUUGACCGUGGUGACGGCGGAUCACUCCCAUGUCUUCACCUUCGGGGGCAGCACACCACGUAGCAAUUCCAUCUUCGGGCUGGCCCCCAAGAAAGCCAAGGACAAGCGAGCCUACACCAGCAUCCUCUAUGGCAAUGGUCCCGGCUACAGCAUCGGCGACGGGGGCCGUCCAGCCGCCAGCCUCCCCGCUGCGGAGGACAAGGACUACAGGCAGCAGGCAGCCGUGCCCCUGGAGAUGGAGACUCACAGCGGGGAGGACGUGGUGGUGCUGGCCCAGGGCCCCAUGGCCCACCUCUUCCACGGGGUGCAGGAACAGCACUACAUUGCCCAUGCCAUGGCCUACGCAGCGUGCCUCGAGCCCUAUGCCACAGAGCCCGGGUGCAGGACAGCCCGCAGGGCCUCCCACAGCACCCAGUGCUCCCCACAGACCCCGCUCACCCUCCUGGCCCUCUGUGGAGCUGCCCUCAUGGUGGGGGGCUGA